AAUACUUGGUAGGCCUGUACCCACUAUGCCCUGGGAACAACAGACAUACGGCAGUACUAUUGGAGGUUAUGGUUCCGGUUUGAAUUAUAAUUCUGGUUAUGGUUCUGGAAUGUAUGGCUCAUCAUAUGGUGGAUUGGGAGGGUCUUAUGGAGGGGGGUUGUAUGGAAACAACAUGUAUCGAGGAGGUUAUGGUGGUGGGCUUUAUGGAGGUUCUGGCAUGUACGGAGGGGGUAUGUACAAUGGUGGUUUUGGAGGCCCAAUGGGUGGUUAUGGGAUGGGCAUGGGGGGUCCUAAUGGCAAUCAAGAUCCGAAUAAUCCAUUUGGUGCUCCGCCAUCUCCACCAGGGUUUUGGAUAUCAUUCCUGCGGGUGGUAAGUCAAGAUUAACCUUUUUUGCUUUUGUCCUUUUGAUAUACUUGAGAGACGCGAGAAAAAGGUGUUGGUUUAGACUCUAUGCGUUUUUAUCAACAUUAUAAUAUUUUAGCACAUUACCAUGAUGGUCUGGUAGGUUUUUUUAGAUAAAACUGCACAGGUGAUAGAUAUAUAG